AUGGAGUCCAUGCUGAAUAAGUUGAAAAGUACCGUUACAAAGGUAACAGCUGAUGUCACCAGUGCGGUCAUGGGAAAUCCUGUUACCAGGGAAUUUGAUGUUGGCCGACAUAUUGCCAGUGGUGGCAAUGGGCUUGCUUGGAAGAUCUUUAAUGGAACUAAAAAGUCAACAAAACAGGAAGUUGCUGUUUUCGUCUUUGAUAAAAAGUUAAUAGACAAAUAUCAGAAAUUUGAAAAGGAUCAGAUUAUUGAUUCUUUAAAGCGAGGAGUUCAACAACUGACAAGGCUUCGACACCCUCGACUAGUUACCGUCCAACAUCCAUUAGAAGAAUCCAGAGAUUGCCUGGCAUUUUGUACAGAACCAGUCUUUGCAAGUUUAGCUAAUGUUCUUGGCAACUGGGACAAUCUACCCUCUCCUUUACCAUCUGAUAUUAAGGAAUACAAACUUUAUGAUGUGGAAACCAAAUAUGGCUUGCUUCAGGUCUCUGAAGGUUUGUCCUUUCUGCACAGCAGUGUGAAAAUGGUCCAUGGAAACAUUACUCCUGAAAAUAUAAUUUUGAAUAAAAGUGGAGCAUGGAAAAUUAUGGGAUUUGAUUUUUGUAUUCAGUCAACAAAUCCAUCUGAACAAGAGCUGAAGUUCCUAUGUAAAGAAUGGGACCCAAACUUGCCAUCCUUGUGUCUUCCAAAUCCUGAGUAUUUGGCACCAGAAUACAUCCUUUCAGUGAGCUGCGAGACUGCCAGUGACAUGUACUCUUUAGGAGCUGUCACGUAUGCAGUAUUUAAUAAAGGGAAACCUAUUUUUGAGAUCAACAAGAAAGAUAUUUAUAAAAGUUUCAGUAGACAGCUGGAUCAGCUGAGUCGCUUAGGCUCCACUACACUUCAGAAUAUACCAGAGGAAGUACGUGAACAUGUAAAACUACUAUUAAACGUAGCUCCUGCAGUCAGACCAGAUGCAGAUCAAAUGACAAAGAUACCAUUCUUUGAUGAUGUUGGGGCAAUGACACUCCAAUAUUUUGAUUCUUUAUUCCAAAGGGAUAAUCUUCAGAAAUCACAGUUUUUUAAAGGGCUACCAAAGGUUCUACCAAAACUGCCUAAGCGUGUUAUAGUGCAGCGAAUUUUGCCUUACUUGACCUCAGAGUUUGUGAACCCUGAUAUGGUACCCUUUGUUUUGCCUAAUGUUCUGCUGAUCGCUGAGGAGUGCACCAAAGAAGAGUACAUCAAGCUAAUUCUGCCUGAUCUUGGCCCUGUUUUUAAACAGCAAGAACCAAUCCAGAUUUUGUUGAUUUUCUUGCAAAAAAUGGACUUGCUCCUAACCAAGACUCCACCAGAUGAAAUAAAGAAUAGUGUCCUUCCAAUGGUUUAUAGAGCCUUAGAAGCACCUUCAAUUCAGAUUCAGGAACUUUGCCUUAACAUAAUUCCUACGUUUGCCAACCUAAUAGACUACCCAUCAAUGAAAAAUGCAUUAAUACCAAGAAUUAAAAAUGCAUGUUUGCAAACUUCCUCUCUUGCUGUCCGCGUGAACUCCUUAGUGUGCUUAGGAAAGAUUUUGGAAUAUUUGGAUAAGUGGUUUGUACUUGAUGACAUUCUACCCUUUCUACAACAAAUUCCAUCCAAGGAACCUGCAGUGCUUAUGGGAAUUUUAGGUAUUUACAAAUGUACAUUUACUCAUAAGAAGUUGGGAAUUACCAAAGAACAACUUGCGGGAAAAGUAUUACCCCAUCUUAUUCCUCUUAGUAUUGAGAACAAUCUUAAUUUCAAUCAGUUCAAUUCCUUCAUUUCUGUCAUAAAAGAUAUGCUUAGUAGAUUGGAGGUUGAACAUAAGACCAAACUUGAACAACUUCAUAUUAUGCAAGAACAGCAAAAAUCUUUGGAUAUAACUAAUCAAAUGAACGUAUCUGAAGAGACAAAAUCUAAUAGUACAGGUAAUCAGAUUGACAAGAUGUUUAACAAUACUGGAAAUGACGUUCCAACUAGUGGAUCAGAUAGUAAAGAAAAUGGGCUGUCAUCAAAACAGAAAAAGGUGUCACUUACACUUGAAGAGAAGCAAAAGUUAGCAAAAGAACAAGAACAGGCACAAAAAUUGAAAAACCAGCAACCACUUAAGCCUCAAUCACAUGCAAUCACAGCUCCAGUCAAACAGACAAAGGACUUGACAGAUACCUUGAUAGAUAAUAUGUCGUCUUUGACCAGCCAUUCCAUCAGCAAACCUAAAGUUGCUUCUUCAAGUAGCUUCUCUUCUGUCCCAUCUAUGGGUGUUGGAAUGGGAUUUUUAUCACCUGUUGACAGCACAAAGAGAAACAUAGCAAAUGGACUAAAUACUAAUAUGGGAUUUCAGACUUCUGGAUUCAGCCUUGGGGCAGGUACUACAAACCAGAAUUUCUUCAGUAGUCCAACUGCAACUGGAAUGGCCAAGAUGAACGUGGUACCAACUGCCAACAUGCCAAACUACAGCCCUGUGAGUGCUACAUCUGGAAUCUCACAGCCGACACAACACAACAGAUCCCCAGACUUGUCUGCUUUAGAUAGUCUUUUUGGUCCUCAAAAACCCAAAGUUAGUAUGAACCAAUUGUCACAACAAAAACCAAACCAGUGGCUUACUCAAUUUGUACCCCCUCAAGGUUCCCCGGGUGCAAGCAGUUCUGUUUUGGGACCACAGAUGAACACUCUAGGACAACCUGGUUUUGGUAUGCAGGGUAAUCCUUUCUUUAACCCUCAGAACUUUGCACAGCCAACAAACACCAUGACAAACAGCAGCUCAGCUAGCAAUGACUUAAAAGAUCUUUUUGGGUAAAAUGUCUUGCUUUCUUUUUCAAAGAUUGAUACAAUUUGAAUGAU